AUGAGCAGCCUCAAACUGCCAUACGCGGGCUGCGAGUUCGGCUCUGUCCUUUGCGCGAGUCCUCAAACCGAGUCAAUGAUGGGCUGCGGAUUCACCGAUGCCUUCACCCCGAAUAAGACGGGCAGGACAACAGUGAAUGCGAGAAUGGAGCCCCCCUCGAACGACCUCAGAGUUCAGCCGUUUCUUGAAACGUUCUCCAACCUCAGCAACCUUCCCUACGCUUACCUUCCCCCACACCCGCUGGAGUCUUGUCUAGCCGGGCGCAACACAGGAGCAUCUCAGUAUCUCUUCGUCGACCUUGAGCUGGACUCAGGAGCCGCACGGCCUUACCUUGUUCAUCACCCAUCUACCAUCCCACGGUACCCACUGCAGCGCAGUCACGAAUUCGAGACCCCUCCACUACGCAACUCAGCGCCUGCAGCAGCGAUCCUGCCGACAAUGGAACCUUACAACGCGAGCUCGAAUCGCGAUCUCUCCACCUUUCGAUCCGAGUUUCCCACUCCAAGCCCCGUCCUUGAGCAUGCCACUCCGCGCCCACGCGCAUUCACCGUCCCCGCUACCAAUCAACCUGGUUUCUCUCUUGCGAACUGCCACACCGACGGCGACGGCGAAGUCAAGAUACCGGAUUCGAAAUUGAAGGAUCUGGGAGGAGCACGCGGGGAGAACGCUCAGACACGCAUGCACGAACCAACCACUUCGCGGCAAUAUGAGCAGGAAAACUACAAAUUCAUAAAGCCCGAGGACAACUGGGAGCGCGGCGAAGACCCCAAACAAGAGCCGGCACAGAUGGAAACCUACAUCCAGACCCUCGAGGCCCAACUCGAGAGACUGCAAUCCCAACACGCGGCCGAAGUACUCGAGCUACAGAAGGAAGUCUGCGAGCUCCGAAAGAAGCUCUCGGCCUGGAGGAGAUCCAAGCUCUGGCACAAGGGGAUGCCGGUGUCCGAGCGAAACAUGAUCGGCACCCUCCGCGCGAGUCUCACGCGGUCCGCAGCGGCGAAUGAUAAACUGACGCGCGAGAACGCGGCGUUGAAGGCUGAGAUCGCGCAGUGGGUCAAGGUCAAUGGGGUUCCUGAGGAGUUGAGGGAGAAGGCGCUUCAGGCGCAUGUGAACCACCUGCAGGGCGUGAAUAGGUCGAUGGAUGCGAAGUGGGAGAAGAGGUUGGAGGAGGCGAGGAAGCAGAUGGGAAGCCAGGAAGAAGUCGCGUUCAACGGAAAAAGAAAUGAGCAGGAUAUGAACGGUUUGGCUCAAGUUCAAACCGAGGUCGAUGCAGCUGGGGCGGCAGACUUGAAGACGGACCCCGACGCCAAAACAGCCGCAGCCUCAGAUAAAGACGUCGAUAUGGGGUCCGACACUGCAGAGGAGCCGUCGCAGGAGAUGGUUUACGUCCCAGGCCAUCUCAGAAAACUGUCCAGCGGCGAGAUCGUUGACAUCCCUGGAUUCUGGCGUCCUCGCCGCAAAAUCAAGACUGCCCAGCAGGAUUGA